UUUUUCCAGAUUUUCGAUCGAGGAAAAGAGUUCCUCACGGCCGCUGCCGGGAUAUUCUCUCAGUUCAAACCGCCGACCUGUUCCCGUUUCAGUGCAAACUGUGUUCGUUCUCUCUGUGUGGAGGGAGGCUGAGGGGAAUGAGCUGCAGGAUAAAUCUACCGUGACUUUUUCGGAGGAGAAAGUGGCCCCCGGUGCCAACAGGGCAGAUAGUUGCUGCUGCUGCUGCUGCCGCGUCUCGGAUCAUCACAGGGAGCCUGGACGAGGAGAGCUCGCUUCUUCUGAAUGUUGCCGCGGAAAUAACAACACAACGCCACGAUGGACCUGAAGCUGCUCUUGAUAUCCACAUUGUUAGGAGGCUUUUGUUAUAGUAAUGCUCAGAAAGAGGGGAACGAGUGCAUCAAUGCCAAUGCCAAAUACUGCGGGGAAUGCAUCCAGGCUGGAGCCAAAUGUGGCUGGUGUAAAGACCCAGAUUUCCUGAAACAGGGUGAAACCGUGUCGACCCGAUGCGACGAGCUGCAGUCUCUGAUAAAAAGGGGCUGUCAUGAGGCAAUGAUUGAGAACCCACACGGAGAACAGAAGAUCCUCAAGAACAAAGCGGUGACCAAUCGCAGAAAGGGAGCAGAGAAACUGAAGCCAGAGGACAUCACUCAGAUCCAGCCUCAAAAACUCAGCCUCACCCUCCGAUCUGGUGAGCCCCAGUCUUUUGACUUGAAGUUCAAACGAGCAGAAGAUUAUCCCAUCGACCUGUACUACUUGAUGGACCUGUCCUACUCCAUGAAGGACGAUCUGGAGAACGUGAAGAACCUGGGAACCAGUCUGAUGCUGGAGAUGUCAAAGAUCACCUCUGACUUCAGGAUAGGUUUUGGUUCCUUUGUGGAGAAGACAGUCAUGCCGUACAUCAGCACCACCCCGGCCAAGCUGCUGAACCCAUGCACGGGCGAUCAGAACUGCACCAGUCCCUUCAGCUACAAGAACGUCCUGAAGCUGACCAGUGACGGCAAGAAGUUCAACACCCUGGUAGGCCAGCAGCACAUCUCCGGAAACCUGGACUCUCCUGAGGGCGGCUUUGAUGCCAUCAUGCAAGUGGCUGUGUGUGGGGAUCAGAUUGGUUGGAGGAAUGUGACUCGUCUGCUCGUCUUCUCCACCGAUGCUGGCUUCCACUUCGCUGGCGAUGGCAAACUGGGCGGCAUUGUGCUGCCUAAUGAUGGAAAAUGUCACUUGGAGAAUAAUGUUUACACAAUGAGCCACUAUUAUGACUAUCCCUCUAUUGCUCACCUGGUUCAGAAGCUGAGCGACAACAACAUUCAGACGAUCUUUGCAGUCACAGAGGAGUUCCAGCCUGUUUACCAAGAACUGAAAAAUCUGAUACCAAAGUCUGCAGUGGGCACACUGUCUGCCAACUCAAGCAAUGUAAUCAACCUUAUUAUAGACGCUUACAAUUCUCUCUCGUCCGAGGUUAUUCUGGAGAACAGCAAGCUUCCAGAGGGAGUGACUAUAGCUUACACAUCCCGCUGUAAGAACGGAGUGGUCAGUGAGGGCGAAAACGGACGGAAGUGCUCCAAUAUCUCCAUCGGAGAUGAGGUUAUGUUUACCAUCAGCGUGACAUCUAAGGGCUGUCCGAAACAAGGCAAGCCUGAGACCAUUAAGAUAAAGCCCCUGGGAUUCACAGAGGAAGUGGAGAUUACCCUGCGCUUCAUCUGUGAAUGUGAAUGCCACAAGGAGGGUGUCAAGAACAGUCCACUCUGCCACUUUGGUAACGGGACAUAUGAGUGUGGAGCCUGCAAGUGUAAUGAAGGACGUGUGGGCAGACAGUGUGAAUGCAGCAGCAACGACGUAGCUACAGAGGACAUGGACCGGACCUGCCGCAAAGACAACGGUACUGACAUCUGCAGCAGCAACGGAGACUGUGUGUGCGGCACAUGUGAGUGCAAGAAGAGAGACAACCCUGAGGAGAGGUACAGCGGCCAGUACUGCGAGUGUGACAACUUCAACUGCGACCGCUCUGGAAACAAACUGUGUGGAGGGCAUGGACGCUGUGAGUGCAGAGUGUGUAUCUGUGACCCCAUGUGGACCGGCAGCGCCUGUGACUGUUCCCUGGACAACAGCACGUGUAUGGCUAGCAACAAGCAGAUCUGUAACGGCAGAGGGACAUGUGAAUGUGGCAUCUGUAAGUGCACUGACCCCAAAUUCCAGGGUCCCACUUGUGAAACCUGCCCUACCUGUCCAGGAGUCUGUAUUGAACACAAAGAGUGUGUCCAGUGCCGGGCGUUUGGCACAGGGGAGAAGAAGGACACAUGUGAGCAAGACUGCAGCUACUUCACUAUGUAUAAAGUGAAGGACAGAGACAAGCUGCCUCAGCCCAACGACGCCUCCUACCCUGUGAUGCACUGCAAGGAGAGGGACGCCAACGACUGCUGGUUCUACUACACCUACGCUGUCAACAACAACACAGAGAAGAUAGUUCAUGUGGUGGAAACACUGGACUGCCCCGCCGGUCCUGACAUCAUCCCCAUUGUAGCAGGUGUGGUCGCCGGCAUUGUCCUGAUUGGCUUAGCCCUGCUACUCAUCUGGAAGCUGCUGAUGAUCAUUCAUGACAGAAGAGAGUUCGCCAAGUUUGAGAAGGAGAAGAUGAACGCCAAAUGGGACACGCAAGAAAACCCCAUAUACAAGAGUCCUAUCAAUCAGUUCCAGAACCCAAACUAUGGACGUAAAGCUGCUGUCCUUUAAGGUGAAAAUCCCAUCUACAAAAGCGCUGUCACCACUGUGGUCAAUCCCAAAUAUGAAGGAAAAUGUUGAACUUUGCUAUCAAGUGUUUGAAAUCUGCAGUAUUUACUUUGUUCACGCUCUGGUGGAACUUCUUCUUGUCGCUUUAUCAGUAUAAUUGUACCAUUCAGCCACAGCAUCUGUAUUUUUACUAACACUUAUGAUUUAUCUGCAUUUGUUUGUAUUUUAGAUGUACAGUAUACAAUAUGUGUAUAUACUUUUAAGUUGCAUAUCUGCAGAAGCUGAUGAAAUGAAGGUGUUUUUUUUUCCUGCCACAGGACUGGUAUGGGCAGACGAUUUAGCUUUUUCCUUUUUUUUUCUUCUUUUUUUUUUUUAAACAACACAGUAAGGACAAUAUGGAUAUACAGUAUGUGUACAAGAAUUGGUUAGCUUCUGUCUCUGUCUGUCAGACACUUUGUCUUUGUUUGUCCCUCUUCUCUUCUGUCUCUGUGCACUGACCGUAUGUAUGUUCCAGACAGGACCUGAGUUUAAUAUGGAACUUGUCAGCCAUAGCAGCACAAUAUGUCAAUGUGUGUGUAUAUAUAGAAAACAACUGCAACAGGAAAUAUUGAAUAAUAUUUAGCAUUCAACGUAGAUCGGAGAAUUAUGUUGAAUCACAAUAGAUUCUGCAGUGAACAGUUGUAAAUGUAGUUUUAAACUGCAGCUUAGAAACAUCCAAUGUUAAAAUUUUAAAAUUUAAUUGCACUCUUACUGAGUACUGUUGUCUGUUUUGAAGGACUAAAUACACAAGAUGAAUAAUAAUGUCAACUAUUGUUAUUUGUAUUGUUGAUAUACUAUCACAAAGGGAUUGUAUACCACUUGUGAAAAUUAUGAAAUUGCGGCAGUGCUGAACAAUCGAAGGAUUUGUAAAGUUAUUAUACAAGUUGCAAUUAAUUAAUGAAGCAUUGUUCUAUUUGCUAACUUCAGUAACUUAAUCACUCACUCUCAGGUCCUUUCCUGUGUUAUUCUCAAGUACACCAAAAAUAUGUUUCCUGUCAGUUUGGUCAGUGGACUGGUGAAAUCAUUUGUGUGUUAGACUGUAAGAAUAAAUCAAGAGUAUUUGUUCAUAUUUCACAUGAAUCACCUCUGGAAUGCUUUCACACCCAAAUGAUGUACAACACACAAGCCUUUACAGUAUUGUUUUUAAAGUGCCUUUUAUUUCAAUACCAUGUUCUCUCUCCGUGCUGUUAAUGAGUUAUUUAUUAAAUAAAGUUCAAAAACUGUA